UCAGCUUUUCUGCGGAUCCCGGUUAUAAAGUCUCCCCCGACCCGCCCGGACUCUGCUUCUCCCCAGACCCAGAGGAUGCGAGUCAUGGGGCCGCGAACCCUCCUCCUGCUCGUCUCGGGGGCCCUGGUCCUGACCGAGACCCAGGCAGGCUCCCACUCCCUGAGGUAUUUCUACACCGCCGUGUCCCGGCCCGGCCGCGGGGAGCCCCGCUUCAUCAUCGUCGGCUACGUGGACGACACGCAGUUCGUGCGGUUCGACAGCGACGCCCGGGAUCCGAGGAUGGAGCCGCGGGCGCGGUGGGUGGAGCAGGAGGGGCCGGAGUAUUGGGAUCGCGAGACGCGAAUCUCCAAGGACACGGCACAGACUUUCCGAGCGAACCUGAACACCGCACUCGGCUACUACAACCAGAGCGAGGCCGUGGAUGUACGGCUGCGACGUGGGGCCGGGCGGGCGUCUCCUGCGCGGUUCAUGCAGUACGGCUACGACGGCGGAGAGUACAUCGCCCUGAACGAGGACCUGCGCUCCUGGACCGCGGCGGACACGGCGGCCCAGAUCACCCAGCGCAAGUGGGAGAAGGAAGGUGAGGCGGAGAGACACAGGAACUACCUGGAGGGCCGGUGCGUGGAGUGGCUCCGCAGAUACCUGGAGACCGGGAAGGACACGCUGCAGCGCGCAGACCCUCCAAAGGCACAUGUGACCCAUCACCCCAUCUCUGGCCAUGAGGUCACCCUGAGGUGCUGGGCCCUGGGCUUCUACCCUGAGGAGAUCUCACUGACCUGGCAGCGCAAUGGGGAGGACCAGAUGCAGGACAUGGAGCUCGUGGAGACCAGGCCUUCAGGGGAUGGAACCUUCCAGAAGUGGGCGGCCCUGGUGGUGCCUUCUGGAGAGGAGCAGAGAUACACGUGCCGUGUGCAGCAUGAGGGGCUCCAGGAGCCCCUCACCCUGAGAUGGGAACCUCCUCAGACCUCCUUCCUCACCAUGGGCAUCAUUGUUGGCCUGGUUCUCCUCGUGGUGGCUGUGGUGGCUGGAGCUGUGAUCUGGAUGAAGAAGCGCUCAGGUGAAAAAGGAGGGACCUACACCCAGGCUUCAAGCAAUGACAGUGCCCAGGGCUCUGAUGUGUCUCUCACGGUUCAUAAAGUGUGAGACAGUAAUGCUGCAUCCCGCUGUGUCCCGUCAGAUCCCCGGACCCCUCUUUCUGCAGCUGCACCUGAACGUGUCUGUGCUCCUAGUAGCAUAACGUGAGGAGCUGGGGAGACCGGUCACCCCUGCCCACCGUGCCCCCUCCUGCCCUGACCUGUGUCCUCCUCCCUGAUCCACUGUCCUGCUCCAGCAGAGACGGGGCUGGGCCGUCUCCAUCCCUGUCUUUGCUUUGUAUGCACUGAGUAAUGGUGUCUUAUUUCCUUAUUAAAAAUAAAAUCUGUAUGUAUGAA